GCGUAUCAUUCAUACUUACGUGAAAAUUGGAAAGUUUGUCUUCGUCAACGAACUGUUGGCCUAAAUUAAAAGGGUCCCGCGAGAGGUUUCCGGAGAACGGAGAUGGAUCAUCGUCGUUAAAAAAUAAAUUGAGCAGCGUCUCGGUGGAUCGAGAGGGGGAAGUAUGUACCAGUAUGUACAUACAGCGAGAAAUUUGCUGAUGCGCGACAAACAGCGACGAGACGAGACGAUGUUAAACGUUGCGUAUCCAGCGCAUCGCGGUUUACAAAUCACGACGAAACGUGGUCCGGCCAGGUUCAGACGACCGUCGUCUUGGAAAAACUCGCGUAGCUGACCGUACUCAACGCAGGUAUCUAAAUACGUAUUGGAAUCGUCAUAGGCCGUAGGAGGAGCGAUAAGAGAUGAUUCAUACGCGCGUAACUAUUCUCGAUAACGACGAGGAAACGUGCGUCCUGUGAUAUACGUAUACUACGUACGUGUACAAGUACGAGGCAAGAUCGCGUUUUGCAAGGAAAGCCGAGGCCGGAGCCGAAGCCGAGUCGUGAAAUGCGAGAGAUCAGUGACUACGGAAGGGUUAUACUUUAAAUCAGCGUGAUCUCUGAACGAAAGUGAGAGUGGACGACGAAGUUUCGUCGGUGAUCGACGGGUAUACUCGACGGGUGCGUUUCUAAUACGAUGCAUAGUAAAACAACAAACGAGUCGAACAGUUUUCAACGGGAACGAGUCGUUAUUCAUGAUUUUGCAUUUCGCGACGAUACGUUACGAUCCGAGACGAGCAGUUAGCGAUAAAUCGCGAUAUCCGAUGCUCGUGGUGCCGGAUGGUGUACAUUUUUCAACAAACUCGAUGUUGUUUAUGUUCGAAUAGGAACGGUAAACUGGGUAUACGGUGACACGGAGAAGAAGAAGAAGACUAACAGACUUGAUGAAUCGUGCUCGAGAAUUUCUACGUCGUUCGCUUGGAAACGGGAUAGAGUCAGGAGGAGAGAGCCGGCGUUACGGAUACGAACCGGAAGAAAACAAAGAACGGAUAAAAGUUCAUCGAUGAAGAAUAUGAAAAGUCGGAGGGAGUCGGUGCUGACGAAAGGCUGUGUUACACGGCGCCGUUGCAGAAUCUGUGAGAACGUAGCAUAGAAUCGGAACUCGAUCGAGGGGUCGUGCGUCGGGAAUCGAUCGUUGCAAUUUUCGACGACCAUCUCUUUUCCCCCCCACAUGGAGAAGUCUUCGAGUUGCACGUACGCGGGAUUCGAUUCGUCGCGCGUUCAUCGGUAAAAAGAAGUUUCUGAUCGGCGGGGUCUGUAACAGACACUGGGUGCGUCGAGCAGUACUUUUUUUUUUAAGUUUCGUCACGGAUACAGCCGGCAUUCCGUGUGAGUGCGUGUUUACCGUGCUAGAGAACCAAAACAUCGAUGACCUUGAAAGAGAAACAGUCACGUGACCGGGAGAGAGACCAAGGAUUGGACGAUCGAGGCGCAUAUAACGCGUAUUGCGCCGUGCGCGCCCUGUGUCCCGUAUUCCGUGUCCGAUAGACGAGUAGAUAAAGGAUAGAGAGAGACAGUGAGAGAGUGAGAGGUAUCGUAACGGCGGGGUAAAGGUACUGAAGUAAAGGAAAGAGAGUAAAGAGGACGGACGGACUACUGGCGACGGCUACGAAGAGGCUACGGGAACAAGAGGACGAAGACGGCGGCGGUGGCGGCGGCGGCGGUGGACGAUAGAUGAAAAGACGGGAAAGAGCGUAUGUGCCACCCGUGCCACCGGUUGUUCCGCGUUCGCCCGUACGAUCUCCGUCUCUCUCUCUCUACGUGUGCACGCGCGCGCGCGCGCGUGUGUAUGUGUGUGCGCGUACGUGUUUCUCGGUUGCGUUGUCCAAGAUGAAGUCCGACUCUAAACCUUUGUUGACAGCUCAGGCGGAAAAGGCGAAUCAUUACACGUAAGUAAGCGCCCGCCGGGCCGGUCGCGUGCUACGUCAGAGAGGGAGCGAGAAAAAUCAGUAGAAUAAAAGAAGCGAGGAUUCUAAGAAUCGGCCAAAAAGAUACAGAGUGCGUGAUCGGAAAAAAAGUGGAGUGCUAUAAAGAAAGAAACGUAACGAUAAAGCGAACGCACAAAUAAAGAUACGUGCCCCGUGAAUCGUUCGAUGCGAUAAAUAAAUUGAUAUACGUACUUCUAAAAUAUAAAAAAAGAAAAAGGGUGAACGAAAGAGAGGAGGGAGGGCCGCGAGCACAGUAGCGCGGCAGCGACGCGCGCGUCAAAAAAACGCCACGAAAUAAUGUGUAGCUCUGUGGAUUCGCAUUCCAGAUACUUGAAGGAAUUUCGCGUCGAACAAUGUCCCCUCUUUAUACAGCGCAAAUGCACACAGCACCGACCCUUCACGUGCUUCAACUGGCACUUUAUGAACCAACGGAGGCGAAGACCGGUGAGAAAGAGGGACCGCACCUUCAACUAUAGCGCCGAUAAUUAUUGCACCAAGUACGACGAGACCACCGGCAUAUGUCCAGAUGGAGACGAAUGCCCGUUCCUUCAUCGGACUGCUGGCGACACGGAGAGACGUUACCACCUACGAUAUUACAAGACCUGUAUGUGCGUCCACGACACGGACACGCGGGGUUUCUGUGUCAAGAAUGGGCCUCACUGCGCCUUCGCUCACGGCAAUCACGAUCUUCGGCCGCCGGUUUACGACAUCAAGGAGAUCCAAGCGUUGGAGAAUCCCGACUCCGAUCCGAAUUCAUCCACCAACGGACCAAAUAUACUGGACAAAGAGCGGAACCUGAUGAACGAGGAUCCGAAAUGGCAGGAUACGAACUAUGUACUCAGCAACUACAAGACCGAGCCUUGCAAACGUCCACCGAGACUCUGUCGUCAGGGCUACGCUUGUCCCCAGUAUCAUAAUAGCAAAGAUAAAAGACGCAGCCCGCGGAAAUACAAGUACAGAUCGACGCCGUGCCCAAACGUGAAACACGGCGAGGAAUGGGGCGAGCCAGGCAAUUGCGAGCAAGGAGACUCCUGUACGUAUUGCCAUACUCGGACGGAACAGCAGUUCCAUCCGGAGAUCUACAAGUCCACCAAGUGCAACGACGUGCAGCAAGCUGGAUAUUGUCCGCGCGGAGUCUUCUGUGCUUUCGCACACGUUGACCUGUUGCCAACAGAAGAAAUGAGCCUGGCGAGGGACAUGGCGGUACCUAUAGAUUGUGGAACGAACCUGGCUGAUAUUCUGAACAAUGCGCUUUCGCCCGAUAAGCGCACUCACGAGAAAGAGAAGCCACUCAGCGACAGCAGCAAUGGAAGCGGCGAGGUAUCCGAAUCGGCGAGUACCAGUAGCGUCGGCAGCAACAGUUCGCACAGUAAAGCUCCUGGUGCUCAACUUCACAACUCCAAUUCCAAUAGCAACGUGAACGCUUCUAAUCAGUCGAAAUUAUCGAGCAUACUCUAUAAUCCUAACUCUCUGUUACCAGUCGGUGAAAUUCGCAAACAAAUGGUUGCUAUCGACAGCGAUCCAUUAUUAACGAAAGCAGAGAAGGCUCAGCAGAAACAAAGUUUAUACAUAGCUUAUAGUCUGAACGGUACCUUGGGCAAUCAUUCGUUGGCAACUACCGUCUCGCCGCUGUCCAGCUCAUUUUAUCCGAACGAUACCGUGGAAUCUGUAGUAGGGAACGCGUUAGACGAGUUACAUUUAGACGAUCCUUUAAAUUUAGUAGAAUCAAUUCAUAGGGAUACCAAUUCACCGAUUAGCAAUUCAAUAUCGGCAGGCCUAGCGAGCUCCGGAUUAUUAGGAAGUUCGGCGCCGGUCAAUAUUCCGGGCAUGACCGAACGUUCCGUUCUAACAAAUUUCUCACCAUCGACGUCCAGUCCGCUUCAGCAUUUACCGAGUUUCCUUACCGGAUCUAGAUUUUCUCAUCAGGAUUCUAUCGAAUCGACAAUGCCAUUUAUGAAUCAAGUAUCAGAUCCAUUUAGCAAUCAUAUAUCGCAACUUAGCAGUUCGGCUUCAAAGCUUAGCGGGUUCAAUAGUAGCUUGUUCGAUUUUACAAAUCAAGGAAUGUCUCCGUCACGUACUCAACCCCUCCCAGCAUCUCCAUUGGUCAAUGCAUUUUCCAUUAGUCCGAGUAACACAGGAUCUUUGUCUGAGAUACAGAGGCUCAGGGAGGAAUUGACGUCGAGUCGUGCUCAAUUAGCGACCUGGGACGAGCGUAUCAAUCAAGCUAGAGCCGCGUGCGCCGCGUGGCAAUUGGAAAGCGAGGAUGCUAAGAGGAAAGCGAGUAUCGCCGAACAACAGAGGGACGAGGCCUUGUUGCAAGUAAAAGCGAUGAGAGCGGAGACGGAAGCGUCUACCGGCAGCAGCCCGUACCUACAUACGCUGAGAAGAACGAGCGAACUGAGAUCGUUGUCGAUAGCUGCAUUAAAAUCGAUUCAAUCGCAGCUACGCUCGGACCUCGAAGAAGUCGAAAAGGUGCUGUACAGGGAAACGGCAACAAAGUGCAUGGUUUGCGAGGAACAAAAUCGCACUGUUACACUCUCACCCUGUAAUCACUACGUGGUCUGCUCGACGUGCGCUCCAAAUCAACGCGAGUGCCCGUACUGCCAGACUCCGGUUGUCUCCACGAGUUAGGUCUAUAUAUUUUGUUAGUACGCUCUCGUUAUUAUAAUUUAUCCGCAAUUUACUCGGUCGACAUCGCACGAGAAAAUGCACACAGAAAAAAAGAGCAAAAAUAUUGUAACCGGAGGUCGACGCACUGGAAGUUUCAGAUGCGAUGUGCUAUGUAGAGUAUAUCGUGUGAACGAUUGCAGAGUACGACCGUAAUGGAGAAGAGAGGUGGCGGAAAGCAGAUGCGUGAACACGGAGAAACAAAUUUAUUACGAGUAUAAUAGAGAUUGACUAUCACCAAAGUGAGUAUAUAGAUGUGUUAAGGCUUCUUUUACGCAUGUACGUAUGUACGUACGUGGUCUCUGUUCGUCGUAACAAUUUCUGUGUCGGCGGUCGUACUACCACCGAGGCAACAAACGAUUUCAUCGCAUCCGUAUCGUUCCAUCGAGGACACGUGUUGUCAUCCUUGGCCUUGGAACGGCAGAGAAAAGAUAUUGUAUAAUAUAAUAUAUAACGCGAGAUGAUACGAUUCAUUGGCAGGGUGCUGCUGGCCGAAAUAGUUAGCAUUUCGCGCGUGUGUACCAGUUUACGUGCACGUAGGUGCGCGGUAUGCGAGUAAAGGGGGGGCAGGGGAGUUGGGGGGCGAUACGUUGUAAUAGUAAACGAUGGACAAAGUUUUUGGGACCUCUAAAAGUAUAUAUUUGUUUAAAAUAAAUGAAAAGAUUAACGUGAUUAAGCGCAACAAACAAUGAUACAUUUUUCUCGGUCUGUAAGAUGUAAUUAACGGGAUGAUCAUUUUCCUCGAUCGUUGAGCUGUUAAACGUAUGUCACGACAUAUGAUAUUUCUAUUAUAUUUAAAACUCUAUAUUUAACUAGGAUUUUUCAAUUGACCCGUACUGAUGAUAAUUAUUAUUAAUAGAAGUAUUAACAAAUUUUAUAUCUUCGUUUGAGUGAAAUGGUAGCAUUGCCGGUACCUAUUAUUAUUAUUAUAUUGUAUUAUUAUUAUUAUUAUUAUUAUUAUUAUUAUUAUUAUUAUUAUUAUUAUUAUUAUUAUUAUUAUUAUUAUCGUGUAAGGAUUAUAUACUACAAACACUCACACACAUAUAUACACACAGAUACACAUUCAUAUAGCGAGACUUCUAGGUUUUUAUACGAACUAAUAAAAGUUGCUCAUAUUUAUAACGAGUUAAACGAAUUGAAAUAUUCGUUUAAAGAUAAAAGGAGUACGAGUAAGAAAAUAAAUACAUUUCAUUAUGUCACGUUAGUUACACGUACACAUAUUUCGUAUUUUGUUCAUAUCUUUUUCAUUUUCAUGAGACAUAUUCGAAUAACGAUUCAUACAAGAAAUUUUUUUAUACUUUUAAUACAUCGAAGAUUAUGAUAGUGAACAAUUGAAACAGUUUCUUUACACAUACAUACACACAGAGAGUCGGAGAGAUAUAAGUAUGCUCUCUCUACUUUUGUCGUUUCUCUCUUGAGCGUAAUCUUGUAUAUGUCCGAUCGUGCUUUUUCUGUACACGUAAGCUAACGUUACAUUCUAACAAUUUAAGUAUGCUUAAUAAAAUAUAUUUAUGUAUGUAUAUACACAUAUACAUAUAUGUGAACAAAUGAAUAUAUAUGAAUGUACGUAUGUACAUGUAUAGUUGCGUCAUGACAUUUGAAGUAUUGAAAUUUGAAAGAAGAAAUCACUAAAUUAAGUGGGGUGCGACGUUAGCAUCGAAGAGCAGAGCGUAAUUUUACGAAAGGAGAGUAACACGAUUCUAUUUAAAUUCACAUCGUUUCUUGCGCUGCGAGUUUUCAAAACUUUUCUUAGAUGUACGUAAGAGAGUAUACAUACAUAUACGGUUAUAAGUGUUUAGGAUUUUUCAAUUGAAUCAAAAGUGAGCGGGGGAGGGUGGAGUAAAUUGUAUUUACGAUGACCAGAGGUGAAUAUAAAUUAUGCGCGUUUGUGACAUACGUGUUCCAGCUCGAUGCGACAACGGUGUACGGUUAAACGGCAAUGCCGAUUAGCUUCUUUCGAAUGGGAACGCAUGCAGCUAGACGUUCUCUGCACCGGCUCUAUGAAAGGUUUCACACUUUCGUUUGUCGGUUUAUCGUGUCGGUAACUGGUAAAUAAGAAAGAUCCACUGUUGCGAAACAGUUCGCGUUCACAGUAGGGAGAGUCGAAGGGGUGAAAGUGUAUUGCCUAAAAUGAAGAGGUAUAGGUGAAUACUAUGAUUAGAAUAGAUAGGAUAACAUUAUCAAAUUCUUUCCUCAUAGACGUAAAGUGUUGUUACAGUAACCAGUUUUUAAAGACUAUUAUUUAAUAUUUACGAUCACGUGAAUGAAUUGACAAUCACGUGUAUGAUUGAACAAAGAAAUUGUUUUAUAUCCGUAUAAUACCCUGCACAAAUUAAUAAUUACCGUCGAGGGAGUACUGAACAAUAUUUUUUGAUGAAAACUACUGAUCGAACUCUUUCGGAUAUACCGGACCUUGCCACCGGAGCAAAAGCGAGAACAGUGAAAAGAAAAGAAACGAAGAAGACCAACAGGAGAUAAUAAUUAUCGUAGACAUGCCGAACGAGGAUAUAAUACGAGAUACAAAAAAAUAUAACUGAGAACGAGGAAAGAGGAGGAGGAGGAGAAAGAGGAGAAGAAUUGAAAAGGGUAUUAUAGCUAGAAUUUUACUUAAUUAUUUAAUUAUUUAAAGUACGCAACGGUAACAACGAUCGUUGUCUCUCCUUUAUUUCGACCACUUUUGUCCUAGUUUAGUAGACCAAGAGAAGCGAGGCCAAAACAAGAAGUAAAUGUUUUUAUUAGGUCCGUUUUUACUACAAAUUAUUAAUAUUAAAGUAUAAUAGAUGUUACUAAAAAGAAUAUAAAGAAAAACACAAUUUUGCGCAUCGCGGUAUAAACGAUUCGAAGUUCGAUCGACGUUUAGAAGAUAGCGAAUAACAAAUAAACAGAGUGGGCAGGGAGUGAGUAGAAGCGAGAGGAAGGAUGUUAGAAGGUGUACACGAAGAAUGUUAUGAGAGACCAGAGCCAAUACAUAUAAGCGAUGAGCGAACAGUUCGAGCUGUGAUCGCUUAUACCACGAUACGCGUUUCAAAGUACUGUUUAGAAUCUAAUCGAUUUAGCAUAGUAACAUUGCAUUUUCGCAAUUCUGAUUUUUUAAAUGCAUUCUUUAUAAGUACAAAAGAACGACACGGCGAUACGAGAGAACGAAGGAAGGAGGAGCAAUACGAAGAUAUAUUCUUACCCGAGUUGCUCCUUGAAUCGUCGCCGACUUCGUGACACGUGCAUGAAAGAAAUGACAUAUUUUGCAUCGCCUUCCGACCGAAAUAGUAAGGGAUUAACUAAUUACUGGUGUUAAUUAAUCGAUAAAAUGUACUCAUAAAGAAUGCUGCCUGUCUCACGGACUUACCGCGAUCGUAAUAUCCUCUCGACGACGAAUCCACGCUCUCGAUCCAAAGUCGAUCGAACGACAAAAAAAUAAUCUAAAUCGAAGGAGCGUUCGCUCGUCCUUCUUGUUCACGUUCACUGUUCGAUCAGAGUACAUGACGAUGCGCGGCGAGUCGUGUGAAAAUCUAGGAAAGAUAUUCCUGAACAAUGUAACAUUGAAUAUUAUAAAUGAUUAGAAUAUAUACUAUUUUACGUAUAAAUAACACAAUUGAAGUAUGAAUAAUUAUCUAAGUAAACAUAAAUUAUUGUGAGAGCAACAAAUUUAGCUGAAAAAUAGGAUAAUAGGAGAGUAACAAAAUAAAUUAAUUAGUUAAUAUACUGUGUACGAAAGGCGAAAGGCAUAUACGGUUGAAUAUUUAUACAUAACAUGUACAGCGCUGUCCCGAUUGUUGGUCCGUGGCUGAUCUUCAUCCUUUCGAUUGUACCACUUCAGACACUCCGUUCGACGGCUUGCGGCGACUUGUUUCAAUCUCUCUCUCUCUCUCUCUCUCUCUCUCUCUCUCUCUCUCUCUUUCACUCUUCUGUUCUGUGAGAAAUUUUAUCUGAAAAUGUCGAACGAACUCGAUUCAUUUUCACGCGACGCUGCUGCACAAAGAAGAUCAACAAUCGGGCAGGACAAAUUGAACAAUAUAUUUUUGACAAGCUACGAUAAUGCAAGAAAGAUGCAAAAACGUUACAUGCUCUGUUUUGUGCGGACGAUUCUUCUCUCCCUGCCCCCGUCGACGAUCGGAAACGAAAAGGGAACGGGAACUGGAAAUAGUUGGGCCCCUACGCAAAAAAUCAUGAUUUCGAUCGAUCGCUAGUUUGCUCGUUCUUACUUGCGGGGAGGAAUCUGUUCUCGGCGAGGGAGAAGAGACGGGGAGAGAAAAAUGAUUCGCGCAUCGCAGAUGGCGAAUCAUACACAUAAUCAUUAGAUUAUCGUACAACAAUAAAUUGCGUAAAAUAGUAAUAUGUAAUGUCUAAAGGAAGAAAACAAAUUUGCUGAAUUUAUAUUACGAUUUAUAACUGAAGAUACGUGCUAUAAAAACUUGUAUCAUCUUUAAUCACUCGUAGUUUUGAUAUAUCUAGUUGAUGCAUUUGUUAUUUAGAUGGUAGCCGAUACGAAUUCUGACGAUUAAAAAAAAGAAACAAAAGCCGAGUUACUCCGACGAUAGGAACUAAAUGAUUUUUAUUAGUCGUAGAAUGUAUUCUCGUUCGCAUCGAGUCUGUUGUCCCAUUGAUCGCAGUUUUGCCUACUAUAUUUCUUUCGUCUAUUUUCCGAAACUGUCUACAUGUACGACGUCUCGCGCGUCGGUCCGGUCCUUCAUUUCCGACGUCCAGCAAACGUCGUGGACACAUCGUUGAUUAAAAGGAAAAGAGAAAUACGUAUCUCGUGUUAUCGAUCGUUACGUAAACGUGUUCGUGUUUGCAUUAUGAUUGACGGAGAUCAGUAGGUGCUGCGUGGGAGCGCAACACGACGAUGUACUAGUAUCGCAAAACUGCUUAGAUCGUAAAUUCGCGGGCGCGUACGUGUAUAUUUUUAAUUGUCCUUUUGCAGCUGACGAGAUAUUUCUGUCUGUUUGUCACUGAUCAGACUGAACUCUUAACGCACGUGAACAAAAUGAAAACGUAACGAGAGGAAGAAGCAGAAGAAGGAGUAGGAGAAGAGAAGAAGCGGGAGAAGAAGAAAAAUGAAAAGAAUAAGAUUUAACUUGUAUGCCAAUGAUCAUUACCGAUGUCUAAGCAUUUUUGUAUUUAAUACGAGGUAGCAAAUGGCUGUACAACUGUGAUUGUGUAAUAACAAUUUCUCUACUUAGAUCUUAUCGUUCGGUAUGUCGGUAUUUAACAGAGAUAUAAAUAUUUUACAUAUAGACGAUGAUGAAAAAGGCUGUAACAUUUUUGAUUGUGCGAUCGAUACGUUGAAAGAAAAUAUGUUCGUGCGCCUCCUUUUACGAUUGAAUUACUACCACGCGCGGCGAGAGUACGGAUGCGAGAAACGAAAGUUGCACGCAGCAAGCCCAUAAAACUUUUGAAUGUCUGUCGCGCGCAUCAGGCUCUAACUAGAAGGUGUGACGGUCGCCUAUCUCAUUAUUUUGACACGCGCGUUCUUCUUAAACUUAUCUCGUUUGAAUUGUUACCGCCGUACGACGAUUAGCGUUGCGUGAACUGACUCGGGCGAAGAGCAUUGGUACCGCGGCGCAGACGAACGAUGUUCAACUGUUUAAAAACGAGAUUAUCUUUUGAAAACGUGUCUGUCACUAGGCAUCCUCGUAGUUUCGAUGCCUGUGUCAAAAUAAUGUUAAUCAAAAUCGUAAGAGAUUUCACAAGUUCUAAGGCGAAUCCGUGUAUUGCCGAGCACAGAUUGUAACGCAAUUUCAAUGAGUGACAACGGGAAGAAAUGGAAGAAACGAGGCGCAGGGUCGAUAUGCACGACGACACGGUCCGUGAAUAUCGCCGUUUCCCGAUAGAUUCGCGAAGGUAGUGAACGCUUAGGUCACGCGAGAAACAAAGUGUGAUCUAUUGUUACAACCGCUACAAAUGUUUUCAUAUGUUUGCAACGCGUCACGUCUUCCGGCAUGUACAAUAACGUUGUUCGGUAAAUAAUAGCGCGGGUAGUAAAACGAUUUGAAGAAGGUGUAGCAAGCGUGAAACAAGAAUUAUAUUUGCCGACUGAGCUCGUCAGAACGUGCAUAGCAGGGGGUACCCUUUGCAGUGAAAACAGAUUCGAAGAAAUAAUGAAACAUUGUAAUAUACAAUAGACAGUACAGGCUUACCAGAGUGAAGGUUGACGAUCGUUCUGGUCGCGGUUGCAUUUUCUACGAAGCAAAUCGAUUUUUCCAAGUUUUCUCUUACACAGACCGUAGAAUGUAACAAGUAAUUUUCACAUUCCAGUGAGUAAGAACGGUUCUUCACGAAGUACGACAAAAGUAAUAUGGGCUUGCAUUUUUUUUUAAUGUUCGCGUCCUGCCAAACCAACGCAAUUAUAAAAGAAAAAAGAAUAAAAAAAGUAGAAAAAAGAGAAACACGACGUCUGCACUACGACGAUCGAACGUGUGUGUAUAUACACGUGUAAUAUUUCAUAUCUGGUCGCAUACCGAUGAGAAAGACUACUGUAAAACGUCGUAGAAGGAAAAUGCAAUUAAUUUUCAUUGUCAUUAACGUUUGUAGGCGAAUUCUAAUGAAUGUCAGUACAAAUUGAAUAAUAAAGGAGAAAAGCGUUGCACGUGUGCAAAAUGACAGGGAAAAAAAAAGAAAA